UUCUUACUUGCGCGCAAGCAGCAGCCGCAGGGAGCCACCGCGCACUUCGCCUUUGCGCGGACGCCGCUUUUCUCCUACUGAGACCCAGCUUCUGGUGGGAUCCGGGGGGGCUCCGACGCCAAGGGGCGCAGGGUUCCAGCUGCUGUAGUGCCGGGGGUGCUGAAUCGCAGCUAAGUAAGAGACGGGGAGGGUUGCCGGUGCGCCCCGGAGCGAUGGCGCAGGGCGGCGGGGACUGGCGGCGCUUGGAGACGCUCCUACGAAGCAGCCUCCGCGCCCUAAGCGGCAAGUGGGGGCAGCAGCAGCCGGGGAGGCUCCCGGAGAGCCACGAUCGCGCUGGGGAAGAGAAGGAGGAAAAGCAGACGACGACGCCCAGCGCCUUGGAGGCCCUGCCGAUGGAUGUGAAGUUAUACAUUAUGUCCUUCCUCACACCCAAAGAUCUGAGUAAUUUGGGAAGCACCAACCGCUACUGGAACCUAACAAUCCAGGAUCCCUUGCUAUGGCGUUAUUUUCUCAUUCGGGAUCUUCCUUCCUGUCAUUCUAUUGAUUGGAAGUCAGUCCCUGAUGCAAACAUAUUUAAUAAAUCCGUUUUUGAGCUGCAUCAUAGUACCUCGUGUGACUACAUGGCUGCGUACAAGAAGUGUUACUCCAGGCGUAAAAGAUGUCCGAAACCCAGCCGGCCCUAUUACAGACCUGUCACUUCCUUUCUGCAGUCACUGAUCACACAGGCAGAGCCUCGCUUUGCAAUGUUUGGGCCAGGAUUGGAAAACCUGGAUGACUCUUUGGUGCACAGAAUGAUGGCGAGCCCACAUAUUUUGCCGCUGGCCGGUAGACCUUCUAGACAUAUUCACGGGAUAGGAUCAGGAGUCUCAUUUCGUUUGAAUGGUCAGAAAUUCAACAUUCUGACAUUGUAUACAAAAACCAGCAAGGAAAGACUGAGAGCAAAGGAAGAGGACACUGAUCCUGUCAACAAUAUGUUCUCUGCGGAGUCCGGUGUUGAUGGGAAAACGCAUUACAAUCUGAUUGAGCACGUUAAAAACAUGUGCAGACAAAUCGAUGGGUUCAUCUACGCUGCAGAUGCCGAGGCUUAUAAAAGACACAACCGUCAACUUGAAUUUGACUGGCUGGCAGCAAUGCUUGACCCAGUCCUUGGCCCUACAGAUAGGCCUCUGCUUGUCCUGUCCUGCGUUUCCUGUGCUGAGAUCGAAAGAAUUCCUUGUGUUUAUAUGGCGCAUCAGCUGCAGCUGAACCUGCUUGGCCCACGGCCAUGGAUGGUUCAGGAUACUGAAGUUUCCACGUUGGAUGGACUGGUAGAUGGAAUUCAGUGGCUACUGGAACAAAACGAAUGUAAAAAUGCAUUCGCGCUGGGGGAAGAGGAGGAGGAGAAGCAGACGACGACGCCCAGCGCCUUGGAGGCCCUGCCGAUGGAUGUGAAGUUAUACAUUAUGUCCUUCCUCACACCCAAAGAUCUGAGUAAUUUGGGAAGCACCAACCGCUACUGGAACCUAACAAUCCAGGAUCCCUUGCUAUGGCGUUAUUUUCUCAUUCGGGAUCUUCCUUCCUGUCAUUCUAUUGAUUGGAAGUCAGUCCCUGAUGCAAACAUAUUUAAUAAAUCGAUUUUUGAGCUGCAUCAUAGUGCCUCGUGUGACUACAUGGCUGCGUACAAGAAGUGUUACUCCAAGCGUAAAAGAUGUCCGAAACCCAGCCGGCCCUAUUACAGACCCGUCACUUCCUUUCUGCAGUCAUUGAUCUCACAGGCAGAGCCUCGCUUUGCAAUGUUUGGGCCAGGCUUGGAAAACCUGGAUGACUCUUUGGUGCACAGAAUGAUGGCGAGCCCACAUAUUUUGCCGCUGGCCGGUAGACCUUCUACACAAAUUCACGGGAUAGGAUCAGGAGUCUCAUUUCGUUUGAAUGGUCAGAAAUUCAACAUUCUGACAUUGUAUACAAAAACCAGCAAGGAAAGACUGAGAGCAAAGGAAGAGGACACUGAUCCUGUCAACAAUAUGUUCUCUGCGGAGUCCGGUGUUGAUGGGAAAACGCAUUACAAUCUGAUCGAGCACGUUAAAAACAUGUGCAGACAAAUCGAUGGGUUCAUCUACGCUGCAGAUGCCGAGGCUGAUAAAAGACACAACCGUCAACUUGAAUUUGACUGGCUGGCAGCAAUGCUUGACCCAGUCCUUGGCCCUACAGAUAGGCCUCUGCUUGUCCUGUCCUGCGUUUCCUGUGCUGAGAUUGAAAGAAUUCCUUGUGUUUAUAUGGCGCAUCAGCUGCAGCUGAACCUGCUUGGCCCACAGCCAUGGAUGGUUCAGGAUAUUGAAGUUUCCACGUUGGAUGGACUGGUAGAUGGAAUUCAGUGGCUACUGGAACAAAACGAAUGUAAAAAUGCCCAGUAAAUGAGGCAUGUUUACAAAUGCCAGUGUGAUUUAAAAGAAAAAG